AUGGCCGACCACCUCUGGCUGAUUGGUUCUCCGGAAACGGUGGCGGCGAAGCUGCGCCGGCUAUACGGCGACGUGGGCGGAUUCGGCGCGCUGCUGAUGCUGGUGUACGACCACUGGCAGGAUCAGGAAGGCUGGGACAAAUCGACGCAUCUGCUGGCGGAAAAGGUUAUGCCCAUGGUGGCAGACCUGACGGGUGAGGCGGCCUAG